ACAGAAAGGUUUUCCAGAGGUCAAACAUCUCACAUCAGUAAAUAAUUUACUGGUUUUCUUCAAUAAACAUGUGGAAAUUUGUAUUAAUUGUGCCCUUUAUAAUUAAUAAUCCGGCUUUAAGCCAACUGGAUAAAAUCAUCGACCUGACUUGGGAUUUCAGCAAUGAGACACUUUACUGGGUCGGGGUAACUCCUUUCGAAUUCACAAAAAUCGUCGGACACGAAGAACGUGGCUAUUGGUAUGCAGCCAACGAAUUUCGCGCUGGUGAACAUGGGGGCACCCACUUCGACGCCCCUUACCACUUCAAUAAAAACGGCUGGAAAGUGCACCAAGUGCCCAUUGAGCGCCUUAUUGCAAGAGGGGCCACGAUAAACUUGAGCCAAAACGACACCAAAACACUGGAACGCCGCCAUUUGGAAAACUGGGUGCGACAAAAUGGCGAUUUCGAGGAAAAUACCGUACUUUUAGUUAAGUUCGGCUGGUCCAAACACUGGACAAGUAAACACAAAUAUUUCGCUGUGACUUUACACGCAAAAUUCGAUUUUCCGGGUUUGGCGCCUGAUGCUGCCUCCUGGAUCGCCGAAACGGGCAAAAUCGUGGGGGUGGGGCUAGACACGCCCAGUGUGGACCCCGGGGCGAGCACCGAUUUUCAGGCACAUAGGACUUUGGCCCAGAAUAAUAUUUACAUCAUGGAAAAUGUGAAAAUUGUGGAAAAUUUGCCAGUUAAAGGUUUUACAAUUGUUGCCUUGCCCAUGAAAAUCAAGGACGGGACGGGGGCCCCAUUGAGGGUUCUGGCCCUUAGGUCAGUCCAGCUCUAGUUUUUUGAAGUUGCCGUAAAAACCCAAAAAAUCGUCGUUUUCCAGCUUAAAAGGGCGCAAAUCCUCAGCGACUUUCAUGGCGUGGAUUUGGUCGAACCGGUCCUGAUAUUCCAGAAAUUUGACUUUUAGCAUAUCUAAAAAUUUGGGUUUGUGGUAUAGUUUGAGUGAAAUAAAUGGUUUACUGUUGA